ACGCCAUCAACUCGCCAAUGUCCCCUGCCCUGCUGGAUGUUCACCCUGAAGACACCCAGCUAGAGGAGAAUGAGGAGCGUACUAUGAUAGACCCCACCUCCAAGGAAGACCCCAAGUUCAAGGAGCUGGUCAAGGUGCUCCUCAGCUGGAUCAAUGACGUGCUGGUGGAGGAGAGAAUCAUCGUGAAGCAGCUGGAGGAGGACCUGUAUGAUGGCCAAGUGCUGCAGAAGCUCUUGGAAAAACUGGCAGACCGCAAGCUGAAUGUGGCUGAGGUGACACAGUCUGAAAUAGGGCAGAAGCAGAAGCUGCAGACUGUUCUGGAAGCGGUGCAUGACCUGCUGCGGCCCCGUGGCUGGGCGCUCCGGUGGAACGUGGACUCGAUUCACGGGAAGAACCUGGUGGCCAUCCUGCACCUGCUCGUUGCUCUGGCCGUGCACUUCAGGGCCCCGAUCCGCCUCCCCGAGCACGUUACCGUGCAGGUGGUGGUCGUGCGGAAGCGGGAAGGCCUGCUGCAUUCUAGCCACGUCUCGGAGGAGCUGACCACAACCACGGAGAUGAUGAUGGGCCGGUUUG